AUGGAAAACACUAUUACCGUAGAUGAUGUAGAUACAGAUUUUUUACCAUUAAUUCACGAUAUUAUAAAAAGUGGUGAAAGAGAAAAUCACGAACCUCAGAAAUCAGCCCAAGAAAUAUCACAAAAAAUUCAAGAUUUACAAAAAAAGAUUGAUCAAGCGCGAAGUGAUAUUCGAAAAUUACCUGGAGUCCAAUACAACAGUGAGCAACAGUUAAAAGCUAUGGAUGAUCUCCGUCAAUCUUUACAAAUGAAAAGACAACUAUUAUUAAAAUAUAGACAUAUGUAUUCAUUUGAUGUACCAAAGUAUUAA